CGACAUGCUCCCAGAAGAUGGUCCCAAUCCUCAACCUCAAGGCGCGAUAAAUCCGCUCAGGCCAGAGUUUCAGAGGAUUAUCAAGUGGAUAUGAUUCUGCGUAGUUGAGAGUGUUUCCAUCCUUGGGUCGUCUCCGAGCCUUAGAACUAUCUGAUAUGGCUCUCGAAGCAAGAUUACAUGUUAUCCAGCGUUAUCCUGUGUUAUCUCGCGAAACUCUUCGCAAACAAGCGGCACCGAAGGCGCCACCCGAGUGAGGGGCUUCUUUGGGCGCUAUCAAGAUAGAUGGCGACUCGUUCCCUGCACCCUGAUGUGGGAAUAGAAGCUGGCUUAUAAGUAACGUGGAUGGGUCUGGGGUUAUCUCCUGAGACUCCUCCUCCGAAUAUCUCCUCUCCACCAUGGCAGGCAGUGUAUCUUUCUGGACGAAGUUCAGAUCUUACAUCUGGGACUCGGACGAUCACCUCAAGACCCCGGAGGAGCGCAAGUUUGUGCGGAAACUGGAUUUCGGGAUCCUCAUCGUUGCCUGUCUUGGCUUCUUCUUCCGCUACCUCGACCAGAGCAAUCUCGCCAAUGCUUACAUUUCGGGCAUGAAGGAGGAUCUGAACAUCAAUGGCAACCAGUACACCUACAUGGGCACCUGCUACACGGUUGCGUACGCGGUCAUGCAAAUCCCAUCAACGAUGAUCAUUCAAAAGAUUCGGCCAUCUUAUUACCUGGCGUUUUGCGAGAUUGGGUGGGGAGUCUGGACCUUUGCGCAGGCUGGAGCUCAAACCUACCAACAAAUGUACGCUUUCCGCUUCAUGGUGGGCAUGUUCGAAUCCGGCUUCUUCCCCUGCAUUCUGUACAUCCUCGGCAGCUGGUACACAAAGGCGGAACUGGCCAAGCGGAUUGCUAUCUUUCAUUUAACCGGCUCCGUUGGCACGGCUAUGGGCGGAUUCCUCCAAGCUGCUGUGUACAAGAACCUUGACGGCCAUUUGGGAAUCGCCGGAUGGAGAUGGCUGUACAUCGUCUGCGGCUGCAUGACUGUCCCUAGCGGCAUCCUGCUCUUCUUCUUCCUGCCGGACGUCCCCGCCACCUCUCGUGCCUGGUACCUGACUGAGGAGGACAAGAAGUUCGCCAUGGAGCGGGCGAUCCGACACGGCAAGGGCCAGCCCACCGGGAAGAUUGAUCUCGCGUUGCUUAAGCGCGUCUUUGGCCGGUGGCAUUGGUACUGGUUCGUGCUCGGAUAUAUCCUCUACGGCGAGUCGUGCGGUGCUACGGCGUACUUUGGUAUCUGGCUCAAAGCCGAGAAAUUCAGUGUUUACUACCGCAAUGUCAUUCCCAGUUGCGGAGCCCUGAUUAACAUUAUUUCUAUCUUCAUGUGGGGAUUCCUCUCGGAUCUGACUGGCAGUCGUUUCGCUUGGGUCUUCAUACCAUUAGUGUAUGGUUUGCUGCCGAAUGGCAUUCUCGCAUUCUGGCCGGCAUCUGUCAAGUUGAAGGAAUUUGCUUUCAUAUGGAGGCCGGGAAUUAUAUGCUGAUAAGCGGAGGACAUAUCACUGAUACGCGAAAGUUUGCCGACAUGGCAUCAAUGUCAUGAUGCGCUCUAUGUCAUGAUGCGCUCUGUCUGGACCCCGAACGCUCGUUAACAUGUAUGAAAAAGGCCAAGUACAUGCACUGUAGAGUAGCGAUAGAGCGUAACUACUUACAUGAGACUAGACAGUCCAAAAAACUUGCAGUAACCGGAGCAUACAUGCUGCUCAGGAAACUUCUCGAAGAACCUGCCUGAAUUGCCACCACCAAACAGACCACGUUCGAGAGUC